ACACCUCGUGAAGAGUAGAGCAGAGCAGCAGUUUACAGGGUAUCCUCAGCACUCGAUAAUACUUCAUCAUGAACACCGAUUUAAAAGCCUUGGAAUUGCUCUUCCAACGUCCUUUGGAACCAGUGUUUACCACUCGCGAUCAGGGCAAGACUGUCUUUGAUCUGCCCGAGAGUUUCUACACGGAUCGUUAUCGCAAUAACUCCGAGGAGGUGGCCAAUCGAUUCUCGCAGAAUGUGCAGACAAGAAUUCCACUGCGUGAGCUGACCUCAGUGCCCAAUCUGGAUUUCGCUGCCAAGCUGGGCAGGAAGCACCAAUUCUCGCUGUUCAACUCUCUGCACAGGGAAAUCGCCAGUCAACUGGUUAAGCUGUACUUGGAUGCACCCAAUCUACAGCAAUUCGUGUCCCUGGCUGCCUACACCAAGGAUCGUCUGAAUCCAGUGCUCUUCCAGUACAGUUACGCUGUUGCUGUGGCCCAUCGUCCCGAUACACGUGAAGUGCCCAUUCCCAACAUCUCGCAGGUCUUCCCAAGCAACUUCAUUGAGCCAUCCGCUUUCCAGGAUGCCCGCCAAGAGGCGUCCGUCGUUGAAAAGAACGGCAACCGUGCACCGAUCACGAUUCCCGACAAUUACACGGCUUCCGAUCGCGAGGAUGAGCAACGUUUGGCCUAUUUCCGUGAGGAUAUUGGCGUGAACAGUCAUCAUUGGCACUGGCAUUUGGUUUAUCCGGCCAGCGGUCCCGCUACAGUCGUCAACAAGGAUCGUCGUGGCGAACUCUUCUACUACAUGCAUCAUCAGAUCCUCGCCCGCUACAAUGUCGAGCGUUUCUGCAACAAUCUGAAGCGUGUGCUGCCCCUGAACAAUCUGCGCGAGGAAAUCAUCGAGGGCUAUUUCCCCAAGAUCCUGUCGAGCGUCAACAAUCGCACCUAUCCGGCUCGCAUCUCUAAUCAGCUGCUCCGUGACGUCGAUCGUCCAGAUGGAUCCAUUGAGAUCUCCGAUGUCGAGCGCUGGCGCGAUCGUGUCCUGGCUGCCAUUGAUCAGGGCUUUGUCGAGGAUACCAAGGGCACUCGCAUUCCGCUGGACGAGAAGCGUGGCAUCGAUAUUCUGGGCAAUCUGGUUGAGGCGGCGCCAUCUCUCUCCGUCAACAUGCAGUACUAUGGCAAUUUGCACAACCAGGGACACAAUAUCAUCUCGUUUGCCCACGAUCCUGAUGCACGCCACUUGGAGGACUUUGGCGUCAUGGGUGACGUGACGACAGCUAUGCGUGAUCCCAUCUUCUACAGAUGGCACGGAUUCAUCGACAACGUGUUCAACAAGCACAAGGCUUUGCUGCCCGUCUAUACCAACGAUGAGCUCAGCUUCAAUGGUAUCAAUGUGACCUAUGUGGAGGCCAAGAUUGGCGCUGGUCCCGCUCGUCCCAAUACGCUGUUGACCUAUUGGCAGCGUUCGACUGCUAAUCUGGCCGCUGGUCUGGACUUUGGUCCAGUUGAGGAUGACACCAUUGGGGCUAAUUUCAGACAUUUGCAAAACGCACCUUGGACUUACACGUUCAACGUUACGAACUCUGGAGCUAGACGUACGGCAACCUGCCGCAUUUUCAUCUGUCCCAAGACCGAUGAACGCAAUCAGCCGCUGCGUCUGGAGGAGCAACGUCUCAUGGCCAUUGAAAUGGACAAGUUUACUGCCGAGCUGAUGCCUGGCGAGAAUACGGUGCGUCGUGAGUCGACCCAGUCAUCGGUGGCGAUUCCCUUCGAGCGUUCGUUCCGUGCUGUUGGUGUCAACUAUCAGCCAACUGCAGCCGAUGAGCUGGCUCGCUUCCGUUUCUGCGGCUGCGGCUGGCCACAGCAUCUGCUGCUGCCCAAGGGCAAGCCCGAAGGCAUGCUCUUCGAUCUGUUUGUGAUGUUCUCGGACUAUGCCAACGAAGCGGUGGCACAGCCAACCAACACUCCCAAUGAUGCCUGCAGCACUGCGUAUUCGUUCUGCGGUCUCAAGGAUAAACUGUAUCCCGAUGCGCGUACCAUGGGCUUCCCAUUCGAUAGGCGUCUACCCAAUGAUAAUCUCACUGACUUUGUUGGCGCCUUCUCGAACAUGGCCAAGACCGAUUUGACGAUUAGGUUCAACGACAAGCUGGUCGGUUAACCGUGUUGACAACCCCAUAAGCGAAUCAUUUCCAUUUACCCCAGCAUAUACCUCUUAUAUAUACUCAACUAUAUAAUCUACAUUUUGUACUGCAAUAAUAAAAGCUGUAGCUUCUUGUUACAA